UGAUCUAAUGGCAGAAUUGGAUGACACAUUCGGAAAAGAACUUGAUGCUUAUAUCGAAGCACGUACCAAUCCUCCUUUAGACAAUACUGAUUCACCAACACACUCACACUCAAUUUUGUCGCCACCACCGCCACCGCCACCGCCACCGCCACGAAAAAGACAACAACAACAACAACAACAAAAAGACCAGGAAUGGGAACAUGAGUCAUCCACAAGUACCUCUACAGAAUUAUCUCGAUAUCUCUACAAUGAAGAAACUGGAUUGUGGUACGACACAGUAACAGGUGAAUAUUCCGUUUAUGAUACUGCAACACAAAUGUACAUUCCAGUAAAGGUGAUCAAUGACGAUGAAGAUGAAGAUGAUGGAUCACGAGAACCAAAGAGCAAUGCAGUUUUACGUCUGGUGGUAAUAAAAUCCACUUUAUUUACACCGGGAAAUGUUGUUUUGGUCGAUGCAAACGGUCUGACUGUGGGUCGAGACAGAUCUGCAUGGGACACACGGCUUCGACUGGCCGAGAUGCCAGUGAGUAAGAUCCAUUGUCAGAUCUAUUGUGAAUCCAACAAGAAUGAGCCAGAAUCUUUUUAUAUAAUCGAUGUCGGAUCACGGCAUGGUACGUUCGUCAAUGGAGAACGUCUAUCGGAACCAAAGAAGAGUAGUCUACCAAGGCACCUCAAACAUCAAGACCAAUUGAAAAUCGGCUCAACCGUUCUACAGGUCCAUUGGCACGACUCUUCCGAGUGGCCUUGUCAGCAAUGCAAAGUCGACAGUUGUCAGAUCAUCGACACAACAGAAGGGAAGCGUGAUAAGGAGGAAAAGGAAGAGGAGCAGAGACAGCGUAAGAAACAGGAAUUGUUCCAGGGAAACCAACGUCGGAAAGACCUCGAGACCACCAGGCGAAAAGAACUGAGCCGCCUCAAAGAAAUCUUUGCAGUGCCUAAAAAAGAAAAAGAAACUUAUAAGGAUCGAGCAGAAUGGCGUCGGAAAUGCGAACCACGGGUUCCUGUGUCGGCCCUGCGACAACACACAAUAGAGGCAGAGCCCAGCGUAGUAGAAACUGUGACAAACCAGAUGACACCUGUGCAGGGCGUGGGAGAUCGGAUGUUGCGCAAGAUGGGAUGGCAGGAUGGCCAAAGUUUAGGAAAGACAGGAUCGGGUGGAAUUCUGGAACCUAUCUCUGCGACUCCUCAGACUGAGCGAGCCGGACUUGGAUCUCAGACAAGUGAAAGAAUAGGAAGUGCACAUGAGUCACCAAAGACAAGGGCAUGGCGAACAGCUAAAGAACGAUAUGAUAAAGUUGUCUAAGUCAAAAUUCACUCAAAAGCUUCCUUCACCCCUUCCUCCCCCCACACACAUACAUAUACACAUACACAUACACAUACACAUACACAUACACAUACACAUACACACACACACUACUUGUACAAAUUAUGGCUUUAUAUAUAUAUAGAAG